AUGGCGGAGCUUCAGUCUGCCCUUGCCGCCAGGCAGCAGAAGGGCAAAGAAGACCAAGUAUUUGAGGGCUACGGAAAACGACGUCUCACCUUCAAGGAAGGCAAGAGAGGCGCCUAUUCUGACCCAGGAAAAGUUCUCCGCUUGAUACAAGUGCAAGGCGUGGAAUCACCCACGGAACCACUGGACGCUGACAGUGUUCACAACGAGCGGCAGCAGGGCGACGCGCAAGAUCAUCAUCAACAAGCAAAGCAGCAGCAUCAGCAGCAGCAGAAACAGCAGCAGCAGAAACAGGGUGCGGGCUCUCGCCCAGGCUCUCCCGCCUCCUCAGGGGGCGGAGCCAAACAUCAUCAACAAGCAAAGCAGCAGCAUCAGCAGCAGCAGAAACAGCAGCAGCAGAAACAGGGUGCGGGGUCUCGCCCAGGCUCUCCCGCCUCCUCAGGGGGCGGAGCCAAGCCCCAUCCCCCAGCGCCUAAGAGGGCCCUUCAUCUCGAGCACCGACAUGACUGGGACCACAAAAGUACUGAGGUGCAAACAAGGGCGCGACGCUUGGAGGCGAAGCUCAACUCUCCUUCGGAAUUGCUGCUGCUGCUUCUGUUAAUGCUGCUGCAGCAGACGCAUCAGUUUCCGUUUACCUUUGCCAAGGACCACAAAAGUACUGAGGUGCAAACAAGGGCGCGACGCUUGGAGGCGAAGCUCAAUCUCCCCUCGCAGGUUGCCUCGCGCAUAGCUCUCCUGUACCAGUUUAAAGAAGAUGGAAUCGGCGAAAGGAUAGCAGACGUGUACUUGAAUGCCAUCCAGAAGCUCAGAGCGGGCGUGCUCUGCUCUAAGCUGUGUCACAACUCGCUGAAAGUCAAACGGAAAAUGUUGCGGGUGCUGUACCCUGAAGCUAUCUUGACCCUCAAGACGGUGGGCUUCGCGGGUUUCUUCUCGAGCACCACCCGCAUCGAUUUCCGUGUAGUGAAGGACUUGUACAUUGGCGCGAAGGAUUCGGUGGAGUUCAGAGAAGUCAACAAGAUGAUUAAGCCCUUGGGCCAGAUGCUGCAAGAGAGCCGGUGCUGUGUGCUAGCAACGAAUGUCAGGACGUACUCUCUGCUAAUGGAUCGCCCCGAGGACUUAGCUGCGCUCUGCGCUGUCGUAGACGUCUCCACAGGCCGCCACGGCCCCGCCGUGUGGGGCACAGGCGGCGUCACGGAUUCAGUAUUCGCUACAGCGCUACAGGCGAGGAGGAUCAACUGA